AUUUCAUUCCACUCUCCCUCAAACCCAUUUCAAUAACCAUCUUUCACAAUCCGCUAAUUUGCUAGGUAUUAGAAGAUGGCAGAAGGAGAAGAUAUUCAGCCACUUGUUUGCGACAAUGGAACUGGAAUGGUUAAGGCUGGAUUUGCUGGAGAUGAUGCCCCUAGAGCAGUUUUCCCUAGCAUUGUUGGCCGCCCACGUCACACAGGAGUGAUGGUUGGCAUGGGACAAAAGGAUGCAUAUGUCGGGGACGAGGCUCAAUCCAAACGUGGUAUUCUAACUUUGAAAUAUCCAAUAGAGCAUGGUAUUGUGAAUAAUUGGGAUGACAUGGAGAAGAUUUGGCAUCACACAUUCUACAAUGAACUCCGUGUGGCUCCAGAGGAGCACCCGGUUCUCCUUACAGAAGCACCGCUUAAUCCAAAAGCCAAUCGUGAAAAAAUGACCCAAAUAAUGUUUGAAACCUUUAAUUCUCCUGCUAUGUAUGUUGCAAUACAGGCUGUUCUUUCGUUGUAUGCUAGUGGCCGUACAACUGGUAUCGUUCUUGACUCUGGAGAUGGUGUCAGCCAUACAGUUCCUAUUUACGAGGGUUAUGCCCUUCCACAUGCCAUACUACGUCUGGACCUUGCUGGUCGUGAUUUAACUGAUGCUUUGAUGAAAAUUCUUACUGAGAGGGGUUAUUCCUUCACCACAACUGCUGAACGAGAAAUUGUGAGAGACAUGAAAGAGAAGUUGGCAUAUAUUGCACUUGAUUUCGAGCAGGAACUAGAAACUUCCAAAACUAGUUCUGCAGUUGAAAAAAGCUUUGAGCUGCCCGAUGGGCAGGUAAUCACUAUUGGAGCAGAGAGGUUCAGGUGCCCGGAAGUCCUUUUCCAGCCAUCGAUGAUCGGAAUGGAAGCUGCCGGAAUUCAUGAGACAACCUACAACUCCAUAAUGAAAUGCGACGUGGAUAUUAGGAAGGAUUUGUAUGGCAACAUUGUACUUAGUGGUGGAACUACUAUGUUCCCUGGCAUUGCUGACAGAAUGAGCAAGGAAAUUACUGCAUUAGCCCCAAGCAGCAUGAAGAUUAAGGUUGUAGCUCCACCAGAAAGGAAGUACAGUGUGUGGAUCGGAGGAUCCAUUUUGGCAUCUCUCAGCACCUUCCAACAGAUGUGGAUUGCAAAGGCUGAAUAUGAUGAGUCUGGGCCGUCCAUCGUUCACAGGAAAUGUUUCUAA